AUGCUAGUCACUGGUCUCGAAGAGCCGAACGAGAAGGUGGGCGCCGAUGAGCCAAGGCCCGAACCUCCAAAGUCGAAAAGUUUUGUUUUUGAAAACAAUCUGCUUGAACCAGAUUUUAACCAAUCUAUCACUUUUGACUCUGCAAUGGUCAAUGAUGAUCCCUCCUCCAGCUCUAAUUAUGAUAAGCCUCUCUAUGAAGGCGCCAGGAUCACAGUGAUAGACACAGUUUGUGCAAUAUUAACUUUUGCUCGGACUGAACAUAUAAGUGCCAUCGGACUUGGACGACUCCUCCAGCUGAUGAACCUUCUUCUUCCAGUUGAAAAUAACCUUCCAAAAACUACUGAAAGCUUGUACUCAAAUUUUCCAAAGGGUGAUGUUGAAUUCUUUCUACAUUACUAUUGCAACAAAUGUUGGGGCUUCCUUCCUUCUAAAGACAGUGUUUGCUCUGAAUGUGAAGUGACUAAUAAGAAAGUAGAGUACUUCAUUACUUUUUCAGUAGUGAAUCAACUUCAAAAUCUGUUUAAAAGGAAAGAAUUUGUUAAACUACUUGAGUAUAAGAAAAAUAGGGUUAAGAUUAACAAAGACAAUUAUGAAGAUAUUUUGGAUGGAGGAUUCUACAAACAAGCUCAACAAUUUUUGGAAGAAAAUGAUUUGACUGCUACUUGGAACUCAGAUGGGGUGUCAUUGUAUGAGUCCAGCAAUUUUGACAUUCAUCCUUUUUAUUUAGUUAUAAACGAGCUCCCUCCAUCUGAAAGAUACAAAACUGAAAACAUGUUGCUUGCCGGAAUCUGGGGCAGUAAGACCAAGCCUCAUCCUAAUAUUUUUCUUCAGCCAAUUGUUAAAGAGAUGGAAAAGUUGAAAACUGGUGUUAAGGUUGUUAAUGCAAACUUGGGUUGUGAACAAACCGUGCGUUUGUUAACAUUGUGUGGCACUUGUGACACUCCUGCCAGAGCCAUUUUUCUGAAUAUGAAGGGUUUUAUGGGGUAUGAUUCGUGCCCAUUUUGUUUGACAUCUGGUGAAAAAUCCAAGCGUACCGGUAAUGUGAUGGUUUUUCCAUUUGAAGAAGAUUUAGAGCCUCGAACAGAUACCAACUAUAACCUUCAUGUUAACCAGGCCACUGAAUCUCAAUCCGAAGUAUUUCUUUUAAAUGGAUCUAGUAUAAGUGAUGCAGAUAUCUUGCGAGCAGAUGAACUUUUAUGUCAAUUUGUUCAACAAUUUGAAGUUCUUUAUGGUGUGCGAAAUAUGUCAUUCAAUGUCCACCUCCUUAGGCAUUUAGCUGAAUGUGUCCGUAACAUCGGCCCUCUGCACUCAAUUAGUUGCUUCAUGUUUGAAGAUUUAAACGGACGUCAUGCAAAAAUUUUCUGCGAGAAGCUGCUUUACAAAUGGAGGAGACAUGCUCUUAAUGAAUGUUUAGAAUCUGGAACCUUCAGUGUUGGUAAUUACGACAAAGCUGUGCUCCAUGGAGAUUUAUUAACUGCAUUACUUUCAACCCUGUACUCGACUGUUCCUAAAUUUGCUACAUUUAGUCGCUUGUUCCACUCGAAACAAUUGGCCCUUCAACCCCCCUCUUCCACUAUCACUCCACCACCGAGGCCGACUUCGUCCACAAAUUCGCCUUCAACUUCGGCUUCGGACAACGCCAGUGACUCGCCUGCCGCUGCUGAUCGCGCCGCCGGCAAUGAGGGACCAGAAUCGCAGGAAUCGGACGUGGACGACCCUGAAAGUGAAGGUUUGGCACGCCGGCGGCAGAAAUCGAGGCGGAAACCAGCCCAGCAGGAACUUGCAGAUCAAAUCCGCCUCCUGGAGAGCGAGCUGAACUGCAAGUUACUGGCGCGCCGAUCUGGCCUAGCCCCUGACGACAACGAAAAGCAAAUUUCACAGUUGACCAAAGAGCUGGACGAGUUGAAAAAGAAAUUGAAGAAAAAACAAGAUGAUGUGAAACGGGCGCAGAAGAGCAGAUCCAAGAAGAAAAAGAAAAUGGAGGCACUGUGCGAAGAAUUCCCCGAAAUUAAGGCUCAGCUGGGCCAGAAUCCCUCGGCCGGUAGACCAUCCAUUCUAUCGCAGCAGCCCGAGCUACUCAAGACCAUCGUGGAGAUCGCGAUGUUUUCUAGCGGGGCGGAGGAGAGGCGACGCGACGAGAGGCUCAACACGUGCCAAACGCUGGAUGAGCUGACUGCCGAGCUGAACAGGCGUGGUUUCGAGAUAAGUCGGAGUGGAGUCUACCUUCAUCUUCUCCCUCGCGACCCGACUACAAGGGAGGGCAAGCGGCACGUCAAGACAGCUCCUGUGCGUCUCGUGAGGGCUCAAAACAGCACCCACAAGACCCACGCCGAUGGUAAAUUUGCGACCUGUACCAUCCGUUGCCUGGAGACCUUGGCGGGGUACCUAGGUCCAAAUCAAGUCCUUUUCAUGUCCUUGGAUGACAAAGCCCGCGUUCCGCUCGGGAAGACGGCCGCGAAGGUGCAGGCGCCCAUGCUCAUGAGCCUCGAGUACAAGGUGUCCCUGCCGGACCACGAUUUUCCCGUCGGCCCGCGGCACAACCUCAUCCCCAGCGUCGCAGCCAUCAUUGAGAUAAAGGAAGAUCUGCUGGGGAAGCCAGAAGCUGUCACAUACUCUGGGCCAACAUACAUAUGCAUCCGAAGCGGAAAGCAUUCGUCAUCAACAGCAAACACGCACGCCGACGAUUUCCGCCGAAUGGCCGACAUGGACGAGUACAAGAGCUGGUUCAAGACGACGGAUGGUCGCAUGAAGCCCGUGGUCAUCAUGACUGUGGACGGGGGCCCAGACGAGUGUCCGCGGUACAAGAAAAAUAUUGCCUUUGCCGUUGACCACUUCAAAAGGAAUGAUCUAGAUGCAAUUUUUAUUGCAACGAAUGCACCUGGCCGCUCUGCCUUCAACCGGGUGGAACGCCGUAUGGCGCCUCUAAGCAACAGGAUGGCCGGGAUGAUCCUCCCACAUGACUACUACGGCACCCACCUGGACAGCCAAGGGAACACCGUGGACACCGAGAUGGAACUCAACAACUUCAAGAAGGCAGGGGAAACCCUUGCAGGAGUGUGGUCCGGCAUGACCAUCGACGGCCACCCUGUACUGGCGGAGUACAUUGAGCCCGGUGGGGAGUGCGACCUGCCUGACGCGGAGGACCAGCACUGGUACGCCACGCAUGUGCGCGAAAGUCAGUACAUGCUGCAGGUUGUACGAUGCAGCUCCUCGGAGUGCUGUGGACCUUUCCGCAGUGGUCUGGCUUCCGUGCUCAAUGGCUUUAUGCCUGCACCAAUAAGAGUCCAGCAGACAAACCGUGGAGUCUGUGCUGUGGACCCAGACUUGGAGGAUGGGCAUUUUAUGCCACUGUUUCCUCGCCUUGCCUCAAAGGUGGACCUCAGCCACAUGGGAUUCAAGCGCAUCCCAUACGAUCUGUACUGUCCCACUGUAAGGUCAAAGCUUGCAAACCGCAUUUGCCGUACUUGUGGCAUAUACUUUGCCAAUGAAGAGAACAGGAAGCUCCACUGUAGGGUUAUGCAUGGCACCGGCGUGGACAAGACGACGGCAAGCCGGUUGCGUCCAUCCUCUGUCAUCGGACGUCGGGCCAACGAGGUCCUCUGCAAGGUCUUGUACGACCACGAGACGACCAAUGUGGAGUGGCUCGACGAGGAUGAGGUGGACGUGGUCGGCGUCACGGUCGACAUACCAGCGGUGGAAAGUGUAUGCCCCAUAAUCCCAUCUAUUGGAGAGUGGGUUGCUUCCCCAUGGGACCAAGAAUCCUAGUCAAAUUGAGCUUUUUUGUAUUUAUUUUACAAAUUGUUUUGUCCUGAUUUAUUUUUAUGUCAUUUUAUUCUAUGGA